GUUGGAAGUACGAGCAAUAUUUCGGAGGAGUGUGCGCCUUUUCCAAGCUAGAUUUUCUCAAGGUCAACGGUUUCUCCAACGAAUUUUGGGGCUGGGGAGGCGAGGACGAUGACAUGUACCGCAGGGUACGCAAUGCGAAGCUUAAGCUGAUUCGUUACCCAAUCACCAUGGCCCGCUACAGAUCUCUGAAUCACACACUCGCACAUCCCGAACGUGAUAGAGGCAAAGUUGUACUUGAUGGAAUAAAUCGGUAUCACAACGACGGACUCACUAGUCUAAAAUAUGUCGUGCGCAAGUAUGAACUGAAGCCACUCUAUACGUGGAUGCUGGUAGACGUAGGGCAAGGUAAAAAUAUGACGCUCAUCGCACAGAUAGAUGAGAGUCUCAGGAGACGCUGACACACUAAAGUGUAGGGUGAUGGUAAAGUAACCGACAACCCCCAUGGAUGAUUCCAACGUGGGAAAUUGGGCCGCCCUCAACGGCAGCACCGGGAUCCUGAAUAACCCCAAGCACACGGACAAAGUGAAAAACUAGUACUGGGCCAGCAUCAAGGAUAAGGCCCAAAAUCUGUCAUCUCCGCAAAAUAUUUAUUGAAGCCCUGUGGCUCCAGCAGUGUAUCUAUGCUAAGAUCAAUCAGCGCCCACACGUCGGGCACAUCCGACUGCGAUAGCGCAUGCGCACGACGAUACUACGAACAUAGCUGCAAAGCAUCUGGAUGUUGCCCUGUCACAGCUACAUCUUGUACUUGUCACAGCUACAUGUGGUACUUGUCACAGCUACAUAUGGUACUUGUCACAGCUAUAUGUGAUACUUGUCACAGCUACAUCUGAUACUUGUUACAGCUACAUGUGAUACUUGUCACAGCGACAUCUACAUCUGAUACUUGUCACAGCUACAUGUAAUACUUGUCACAGCUACAUGUGAUACUUGUCACAGCUACAUGUAAUACUUGUCACAGCUACAUCUGGUACUUGUCACGGCUACAUCUGAUACUUGUCACAGCUACAUGUGAUACUGCACACCUUGGUCGGCCGGUUGAUCUUACGGCUGCUUUAAAAACUGGUUGAUUCUUCCACAACAGUCGAAAUCUCACCGCAUAUUGUUUCCGAAUCAGGAAUCGGAUUUUACCUUAAUUCAAAUAAAGGUGUGUGUGUGCGUGGCGAGUAGACUGCGCAGUGUAAAAUGUACGGGUACUACUCAGGUGCAAUUCAUCUAUUUUUCUUCUAUUCUAUCUAUUUAUCCACAUUUAUAUUUUUAUGCGAUGUAUUUAUUAUAUAUAUAUGUAACCAUAAUCAGGAUGUUCUACCAAUUUGCAACCCGCGUUUUACUGUGGUGCAUAUAAUAGUGUAGGACAGUGAUGGCAGCUGAUACUACCUCUUCAUCGUGAAACACUGAUGACCCUUUUUAAAAACAAAAUGAAGAACGGAAGAAUAAAAAAUACAUCU